AUGGCAAAUCAGAAUCCAGACCUGGCUAGGGCGUUUCCCACAAGCAAUGUGCAAGGACAUCACCGUACACUUGCGAGAAAUGGACGGCUACCGUAUCAACAGCAGAUACGGCUAAAGAAGAUAGCUCACAGGAGGAAGAGGAAGAGAGUAGAGGAGGUAAGGGGAACAAUUCAGAUAGCCACCUUGAAUAUAGGGAGUUUGACAGGAAGAGGGCAGGAGAUAGUGGACCUGAUGAACAGGCGCAGGAUUAACAUCAUUUGUGUCCAAGAGACGAAAUGGAAAGGCUGCAAGGCGAGGGAAAUCGGAAAUGGCUUCAAGUUGUUCUACAACGGGAGUGAUGGAAAACGUAAUGGAGUUGAUCUGAGGGAAAUUCCGGAGAGUCAAAGGCUAUGGAUUGGAGGAGACUUCAAUGGCCACUGCGGAAGCAACAACAGAGGAAAGGAGGAUACCAUCGGAAUAUAUGGAGUUGGAGUGAGCAACGUGGCAGGUGAUCAGUUGGUUGACUUUGCUAUGAGUGACAGCCUUCAAAUAAAUAAUACUUUCUUCAAGAAAGCAGAGCGGACAGGAUAA